UAUUUGAAGAUAACAAUGAUACUGCUCUGGAAUGUCACAACUAAGUUUGUGAUUUAAUUUUCAUGAUCUCUGUGCAGAAACUUCUGCUUCAGAUUCUCUCUGGUGUUGCAUAUUGUCAUUCACAGAAAAUUAUCCACCGAGAUUUGAAGCCUGCGAAUUUGCUGGUAGAUACCGGUAAAAAAAUCGUGAAAAUUGCAGACUUCGGAUUGGCCAGGGCAAUUGGUGUUCCCUCUAAUACAUACACUAACGAGGUGGUAUCUACUGGGUACAAGGCACCAGAACUAUUACUUGGUUCAAGGGAAUACUCUACUGCUAUUGAUGUGUGGUCUGUGGGUUGUAUAUUUGCUGAGAUGGUAACCAAUCAAAAUAUGUUCCAGGGCCUUGAGUAUGAUCAAUUGUACACAAUGUUCAGUGUUAUAAGUACACCAGAUCAAACCUGGCCUGGAAUGACUGCACUGGAGAAGAAAGUCCCAGGUCUUGAACCAGACGGAUAUGAUCUUCUUUCUCGAAUGUUUGCGUUGAAUCCAACUAAAAGAAUUACAGCUCAGGAUGCUCUUAAGCAUGCUUACUUCAGAGACGUUGAGAAUGUGCCUUAAUUCCCUCACAGCCAAGUCAUCUUUUCCGACACACAUUGACUGGUUUAUUGACAUGGACAACUUGGGACUUCAGGAAGAAUGUGGUGAUCGUUUUUCAUUUUUCAAGUUUUUCAAUGAAUUCGGUUAUCUCCAUGGUUUUGGGCAGAUGUGCUCAACUUCAACCUGAAGUUAAGUUUGAUUAAUAGAUCAGCAUAAACAUUGCUCAAGUCAUUUAGACAUUCAUCAUCCUUUUGAUAUAGAAAUACAAGGAAUAACUGUGUGAUAUAUUGUCAUUUGUUACACUCAGUUGAAUCCGACGAACGUAUCUGUUAUUCUGUAUAGAAGUUGAUCUAUGAAUGUUAAAGGACUCAU